AUGGUUCGCUCUCGUGUUCUCUCGUUCAUGUCGGCAUUGGGCGCCCCGUCCCGAAAUCAAAACUCAGCGCAGCAUAACCGGGCAGCAUCGAGUUCCGCUACAUUAAAUAAAGCUCCGUCGAGAUAUGAGACACCAUCCCCAGACACAGAGUCGCCCAUAUUAGAAUUCUCGCCGACAGGAACAGCCAGAGCAGAACCACAUGGACAACGGCCAGAAUCGACGACCUUCUCCCACGAUCCCCCGUUCAUGAAAGUAGCGGAAGAUACCCCUGCAGAAUUGCAACCCAUCUUCACUUUCUUGAACAGCCAUACGAACAAGCUCUACCAUGAAGGUUAUUUCUUGAAGCUAAAUGAUUUGGAUACACAUGGCCGACCUUGUACUGAUCGACAGUGGGUAGAAUGCUAUGCGCAACUUGUUGGAACUGUUCUUUCCCUAUGGGAUGCCAAUGCGCUGGACGCAGCUGGUGGGGAUGCAGAUGUUCCACCAACAUUCAUCAAUUUGGCUGAUGCCUCGAUAAGGAUGAUUGAAACAUUGCCCACGAGGAAUCAGGGUAUGCAACCGCUGAAGAAUAUCUUGAGUGUUUCUUCGGCUGGUCAAAAUCGCUACCUUCUACACUUUAAUUCAUUCCACUCGCUGACACAAUGGACGGCGGCAAUCCGGCUGGCCAUGUUCGAACAUACCUCUUUGUACGAGGCGUACACAGGCUCGAUCAUUGCUGGGAAAGGAAAGAACCUGAACAACAUAAAAGCUAUCCUGGAGCGUUGUCGGUUCAAACAGGAAGACUGGGCCCGUGUGAGAUUCGGAGCAGGUACACCGUGGAGACGGUGCUGGUUCGUCAUCUCACCCCCCGAUGAGAAGGAAGUCCAAAAGCUGCAAAAGACCAUGAAGAAGAAGUCGGCCUAUGACCGGGCGCCUCGUCUACUCACAGGAAACAUCAAGUUUUACGAGACUAAGAAAACCAAGAAGACGAAGCCUAUCGCAACCAUCACCAAUGCUUACUCGGCUUACGCGAUUUACCCCCAGUCAAAGGCUCUCAUCGAUCAGUCUACCUUGAUCAAGAUUGAAGGCCAGGUUACAGUUCACUCGCGGCCAGAAUCGACCUCGGAAGGGUUCGUCUUUGUUAUGCCCGAGGUUCAUCCAGCCGUUUCUGGUUUCGAGAUGAUGCUCCGAUUCCUUAUCCCUACUUUUGAUGUUUUCAACCUCUAUGGGCGACCAACGCGCCUCCUCGCGGCAACCAACCACAUCAAGAGCAUAAUGUUUGCAUUUCCAAAGAGGCGAAGAUAUGGAUAUCUGGAUGUCAUGGACAUUGUCAGUCUGAUGCAAACCCCUGGCAGCCACACCUGGAACGAGGCCGAAUGGAGGAAGCAGCUCAAGGAGGCCACUAUGCGCCGAAUGUCAACCGCUAGUAGCCGAACCAGCAGCGUUUCUAGCAAACCUCGUUUCAGGUCUAGCCUUCCUAACCGCUACAGCGCAGUGCGUGGUGGUCCUGCUCAGCGUUAUGCUGCCGCUGAGAACCGAUCCGAUUCCAACCAGUCCCUGGAUGAUACCAUCCCUGAGGCCAGAGGGGACGAGGCUGCGGCUUCUAUUCCCUACUCUCGCGGAUCGGAUGAAACUGGUGGAUUAUCCGCUCACGACCUACAGACGCAAGAAAGAGAGCGUGCGGAAGCGACUGGCAGCAGUUCUGAUACUGUCUGGAAGCAGCAUGAGGAUACAUCUCUGGAACCGGUGGAUGAGCACCUUAGAGGUCGUUCACCUUCGCCUGUUGUCAGUCCACCUGCAUUCACACAUGCGCCGGGAGAAAUGCCGGCAGUCAGACCUCAGCCUUCGUCGGAUCUCAGAAAUGCCAACAACAGAAUGUCCAACGCUACCCUUUCACAGCUUGUCGCAGCAGGGCGGAUAAACCUCAAUGACCAAAACUCCAAGGACUCUUAUUCUUCGGAAUCCCCGAAAUUGGAGACCAUCGCUGACCACCAGAAUGUCACCAAUGAAGGUCCUGCACCUCCCGUGCAUGACAACCGGGCUAGCGUGAUCAGCACCAUUGGCCCUCUGAACGGGGACCGUCUAAGUCUUGACACCACCAAAGCCGUGAAACGGAAGCCUGCCCCUGUGCUCAUCAAUAGACAAACCGGCGCUGCCACUCCUGUGGGUGAGCCAAGCUACGAUGACCUGCGCCACACUGUUGAUGAAGAUGUCCUCAAUCAAAUCGGUUCUCAAGAGGCGCUCUCCUACUCUCCUGGUAAGCACAGACAGCAGGAUGAAGAGAGCGUUUAUGACGAUGUGUCCACUACAUCGCCCGACUACGCGAGCACCCACGGUUCUAUCUACAGCAAACCAUCUGUCAAGUCAGUUACUAAGCCAAGAAUGGGUGUCAAGAAAACUGUUGGAACAGCACCGCCCCCCAAGGAAAUGGUCAUCGGCGACGCUCAUUACACCCUUGACCAGCAGACGCCUCAACAAAACCCAGAUAUUCCCGCUGUAGACUUCGGACCUACCUUGACUUACCUGCCUACUACUGGACGACCCAACACUUCGGAAACCUUGAAGAACCCUGGACACCAGAGGACGGACUCCAAUGCAACGGAGCGACAGCGGUUUUCUGUUCCAACCCACCCUAUGGACCGCCCUCACUCAAGAUCCCCGAGCCAGGAUGAAUACCGACGAAGCAUGAGAUGGCAACCCGGGAUGGCUGCUGGACGACCCACCACUCCUGGAGGUCUCACCCCAGACCAGUACGUGCAGCAGCGGGCUGCGCCCAGUCCAUCAAAUUAUGUUCACCACCGAGCUUCUUCUACCACCCCGCCACCACAAAGACCACUGUCCGGUGACUGGAUGGCUCACUCUCGGUCGAACUCAAACAUGCCUGGCAGCAGAGAUGCCCAGCCCCGACCCCAUUCCCGCGGUGCCAACAGCAUGAUGAGCUUCAACGACGUCUCCUCCCACCUUUCCGCCCGGGAACAGGAGCAUGUUGCUCGCAUGACCGGCUCAUCGUUCUUCAAUCUCUCCAGUGAUACGUCCAAGCAGCAAGCCCCAGUAAACCCUAUGGGCCUUGUCGGUGCGAUCGAUGCUCGAGAGCGUGAGAAGAAGGGAAUCAAGGAUGGCAUGUCAAACCAAAUGGUGCAGCAUGCGAUUGCCCAGCGCCAGUACCACCAGCAGCAACAGCCCACUCCAGCAUACGGCGCUCAGAAUGGUGGUUACAGCAGCGUUUACAACAUGCCUGCUGGAAACCAAGCCUGGGAUGGUCUCAAUCAACCAUACCGUGCUGAUGAGCCCCGACGCAAGUCCUGGUAUGGACAAUUCCAGGCACAGCCGCAAACCCCCUCCGGUUACCAGCAGAACCAAUACUUCAGCCAGCACCCCGGCUAUGUUGGCAACGUCAACACGAUGCAUUCCUAA